AUGGAUUCUACCGCUAUACGGGAGAGUCGGGUCGCCUCCUGUCAAGCAUUAUCGGGUACUGGUGCACUGCAUGUGGCAGGAAUGAUGCUCAUGCGGACAUCUAUUUGUGAUCAAACUGGAUACAUCACCAAUCCGAGCUGGUCCAACCACAGGCAGCUUUUCGAAUCAGUAGGCUUCUCAGUCCGAGAAUUCAACUAUGCCUCAAGUAGUGGUGUUGAUAUGCAAUCACUAUUUCGAGCGAUGACCGAAGCAGAUCCGAUGUCGAUUUUUGUUCUUCAUGCUAGUGCACACAAUCCAAGUGGCUGGGAUCCUACGCCAGAACAAUGGAGAAAGAUUGGCGCUCUCAUGAAGGAGAGAAGGCUAUUCCCUCUUUUUGACGCUGCGUACUUGGGAUUGACGUCUGAUAACUACGAUGAAGACGCCUACGCAAUCCGGUACUUUGCGGAGGAGCUCAAUCUUGAGAUGGGUGUCUGCAUUUCCUUCGCCAAAAGCAUGGGAAUGUAUGGUCAAUCUGUGCUUUCCCUUCCAGUAUCUACUCUCACUCACACCAUCGCCACGAACGUCGAGUCAAAUUUGGCCCAGUUGAUCCGCUGCGAUAUAUCUAAUCCCCCAGCAUUUGGUGCUCGUAUCGUCGCUACGGUUCUCGGAGAUGGAGGCCUCUUCUCUCAGUGGCAGCGUGAUCUUGCGACGAUGAGCUCGCGCAUUACUGGAAUGAGGAAGCGGUUAUUCAGUGAACUGACGGCUUUAGGUACUCCGGGCGAUUGGAAGAAAUUAACACAGCAGAAAGGCAUUAUUUGCGUGCUUGGUCUCACACCCGACCAAGUUCAUUACCUGAAAAAAUUUCAUCACAUUUACAUGGCUGAAAGCUCCAGAAUCUCUAUAGCCGGGCUCAACGAAGGCAAUGUGCGCUAUGUGGCCGAAUGUAUCCAUCAAAUCACCUCUGAUUUCGAAUUUUGGGAUGUACAUUGUACCUGA